AUGGCUUUCUGGCUGAGCUGGGCACUGUGGCAGAAGUUGAGCUUUGUGUUGGGGACCUUGAUUAUCAUCACGCUCUUCGCUGGUUUCUGUGUCCUGGCCUACAACCGAUGGAAUCUACGCCGACACGCUGCAGCCGAGGCCCACGUAAAGGAGCACGUACUGCUGCUUCCCAUGCUUCACAAAGAUGAAGUCCCGUUCGGGGCCAGAGCACUGGAGAGUGGCAUGCAAACCGAGGGGAUCUGGAUUUCGAACCCCAACACCCCUGUCCCGAGCCCAUACAUGUCGGGAACACCCGUUGGCAGCCUGCCAUCGAGCCCAGCAUUGAAGCCAUCCACCAUUCAACCCGUGAGUCCAGGGCUUGAGGCUCUGAUCAACAGUCCGAUGGUGACUCCAUUGUCCGGGCCGUCCAUCUCGACAAGUCGCAUCAGUUCUGAGCUGGAACUCCCGCCCACUUACACGAGCCAGCCUCAAUUGCGAGGCGCGGUCCAUAACCGCGACGGCAUUUACGGCAACCAGCCAUUCGUGGACAAUGCCCCUCAGCCGCAGCACGGCGUCUUGAGAGGCCGCGAGAAGCGUGCCAGCUUCCACGCACGCAUAUUCGGACAAAGCCGCACUCCCAUCGUCCCAAACACGAGAGAGACUAUUCUCGAUAUCCCGAACGAUUCUGACUUGAGCUCAGGUAUGGUUAGCGCUGGUGCACACCUUCCCACUCAGCAUCACCGAGCCUCCCGGAUGAAGCGCCUUCGUCGACGAUCAUCCGAGGAGUUCAGGCGCAGGAUGAGCCAGAUCUUCAACGAGAACAUCCACAUGAAUACGCCGGGGCCCCUGCCAAUCCACGACCCGAUGGUGCCGCAAGACAACAGAUCGAGCAUGCGAAAGUCGAUUUUAGGACCAUUUCGGUCGUGA